CCUCUGUGUCGCUUCUGACUUCACAUUGCUUUGUGAAGUUUGUGUUCAAAAAGCAUCAUGCCUGAACCAGCAAAGUCCGCGCCUAAGAAGGGCUCCAAGAAGGCCGUCACGAAGACCGCCGGUAAGGGAGGAAAGAAGCGCAAGAGGUCCAGGAAGGAGAGCUACGCUAUCUACGUCUACAAAGUCCUGAAGCAGGUUCAUCCUGACACCGGCAUCUCUUCCAAGGCGAUGGGCAUCAUGAACUCUUUCGUCAACGACAUCUUCGAGCGCAUCGCCGGUGAGUCGUCUCGUCUCGCUCACUACAACAAGCGCUCCACCAUCACUUCUAGAGAGAUCCAGACCGCCGUGCGUCUGCUGCUGCCCGGAGAGCUGGCCAAACACGCCGUGUCCGAGGGCACCAAGGCCGUCACCAAGUACACCAGCUCCAAGUAGAGAUUCAACCGAGACU